AUGACUGCUGAACUACAACAACCAAAAGGAAAUCACCGAUAUCAAGAACCAUCACAAGCACGAAUGUUGAAGAUACCAUACAAUUCCACCUUAUCAAGCGGAAUAAGAUCGUUUUCCGUCUUGUCCGGAUUGAGAGCUACCACAAUUGAACCAAGCAACACCAACCACCCUAAAUCACAAUCGCAUCUCAAGAAUGACGAACCCACCGUAAAGCACGCCAAUUUAUCAAAUGCACAGAAAGCAUAUCUGGAUAGAGCCAUCCGUGUGGACCAAGCGGGUGAAUUGGGUGCCAAUUACAUAUAUGCUGGACAAAUGUUUGUCCUAUUGAGGAAACACCCUCAUUUGAAACCUAUAUUGACACAUAUGUGGGAACAAGAAGUUCAUCAUCAUAAUACUUUCAACGCACUUCAAUUGAAGAAUAGAGUGAGACCUUCUUUGUUGACGCCAUUUUGGAAAGUGGGUGCAAUUGCCAUGGGGGUGACUACCGCUGCGAUUUCUCCAGAGGCUGCUAUGGCUUGUACUGAGGCUGUAGAAACUGUCAUUGGAGGUCAUUAUAAUGAGCAGUUGCGUGUUCUUACUAAUCAAUUUGAAUUGGAUAAAACUGAUGGUACUAGAGGUGUUCCAAAGGAAGUUAGAAAAUUGAUAAAUACCAUUAAGGAAUUUAGAGAUCAGGAAUUGGAACAUUUAGAUACUGCAAUUAAGAAUGAUUCCAAAGAGGCUGUACCUUAUAAGAUCAUUACCGAGGGAAUUAAAGGAAUCUGUAGAAUAGCAGUGUGGAGCGCUGAAAGAAUCUGA